GAAAUAAACCAAGGUGAACGAAAUUCUCGUGCCUCGGUAAGACCCUGCACUUUCCUCACUACCCCUGCAAAAACCUUCUUCACUUUCCCGGUUUUCCACUCUCAAGAACCUCAAGAAGACAAUAACCCUAAAAGCACUCCUUUGCAAGAAGAAAAAAAAAAAACCAGCACCGACUUCAAUUUCCCGAAAAUGUCCAGCUCACUGGACAUGUCCCUCGACGAAAUCAUCCGUAAUAGGGGCAGAUCGGAAGGGCAUUUCCGUGAUUCCAGACGCAAACCCCAUGGCUCAGGCCCUGGCCCUGGCCCUGAUCGUCGUGGCCCCACUCACGACCCGCUCAGGACCAACCCGUACCCGGUUAGACCCGUGCCAACAGCAGCAGCAUGGCAUGGGCAGUUGGUUUCGAGUGGAGGAUCGGAUAUGGAGGCGAAGCUAUGCAUAUCGAACCUGGAUUACGGUGUUUCAAAUGAGGAUGUCAAGGUGCUUUUCUCUGAGGUUGGUGACUUGAAGAGGUACUCUAUUAACUAUGAUAGGAGUGGAAGAUCUAAGGGAACUGCAGAAGUAGUCUUUUAUCGACAGACAGAUGCUUUGGCAGCUAUCAAGAGAUACAACAAUGUUCAACUUGAUGGGAAACCGAUGACCAUUGAGCUUGUGGGAGCAAAUGUGGUUAUGUCUGCUCCUAUCCCUCCAACCAAUAGCAGCAUUGUGAGAAAUCCUAAUGUGGCUUUUAGAAGGGAUCAAGAAAAGGUGGGAGGAAGUAGAUGGGUUCAUGGCGGUGGUAAUGGACCUAACGGUGGUGGUGCUGGCCGUGGAUUUGCUAGGAGACGUAGACAAGGUGGACACGUUGGACAGAAACUAUCUGCAGAAGAUCUUGAUGCUGACUUGGAUAAGUACCACUUAGAAGCUACAAAAAUUAAAUGAUGUCCUGUCCUCUGCUAUUUGCUUGUCCAAUUAGUCUUGUCUAGGUGGAACAUUGGCUGGUUUCUUUUUUGGGGAAAGAAGAAAAAGUGGGUGUGUAGUUGGAAACGAUGUGGCAGACAUAUGGAGCGUGGUCUUUUUGACUCUAAUUGGACACAAAUUUAAGAUCCCAAUUUUGUUAUGAUGGUGACAUUGUUUGGUGCUGUAUAUUCUCCUACAUUUUUUUGUCCAUUCUCCA